UUUCGGUUUUUUGCAGAACACACACUUGCGAAAUAUUUAAAAAUACCAUGGCAAGUGGAAUUUGGCACCACUGACAUUUCUUUUAGUGUGAUGGGGAUUAUGUCCAAAAUUCUUCUACGUUUCUCAAUUCUCAAUUUUUCCUUCAAUUUAUGAGUAUAGUGCAACGUAGAUAUCGGGCAUCACUGACUGCUGACAUCUUUUCUUUCCGAAGUUUUACAAGUUAGAUACAACCGGCAUUUAUUUGUUCAGUUUUUUGAUUAGCAGUAGAAACCAAAACUAUGCCUAAACAUAAAAGCAAGAAGGAAGCGAGUUCUAGCAGCGACAGCGAUGAUGGGCCUGUUGACAGGAAUGUACCCCCAGAAAAGAAAGCUAAGACAAGCUCUAAAACGGAUGAUAAAGAGCCUACAUGGGUUUUACAGGGUAAGAAGCUGGUUAAAGUAAGGGAAUUUAAAGGGAAAGUUUAUGUAGAUAUAAGAGAAUUCUAUGAAAAGAAUGGAGAUUUAUUACCAGGCAAGAAAGGCAUUAGCCUAACCCCUGAACAAUGGAGAAAACUGUUGUCUCUGGGAGAUGAAAUCAACGAAACAAUAAGCAACUCAUGUUAACAUACUUUGUUGUCACUUUGAUAAAAGUUGUUCAAGAAUUACAGUUUAUACUGUUACAUUGAAA